AGUGCCAUGUUGUCCCACGAUUACGUGUUUUUCAGGGUAAAUUACAAAAGAAAAUUCUCUCCGUGCAGAUGCUCGCUCAUCGCCGUUGGCCGAAAUUGCAAAUCCAAAUAUUUUUAUCAACGUCUAACAUUGCUUUAUAACAUUGUUUUAUAACAUUGACAGCAUCUAAUAUUACUGUAUCUAUUAUAACAUUCGUACAAUAUUAUAUACCUGACUUGUUUUUCGAAAUACGUCCGAAGUCUUUCUAAGCUAUCGCUUUUCCUGCGAUUGAUUCGACCUAACGUAUGUUACGGAAAAGAUGUAGCGUGCACCGAGUCUAUGCUUUUAGCUGCGGUUCACUUGAUGCUGCAAAUGCUUCAAAGCUUUCUUGCUCUAAAGAAAAGAGGAGGAGGAGAAGAAGAAGAAGAAGAACGCGCCAACGCAUUUGCAGCGUCAAGUGGAUCGCAGUCUUCUACGUCUAUGGAUUAGAAAUCGGACGGUUGUAAAACUGGGAAACUUCGAAGUGCCCGCGGGCGACGGCCGAAGGGCGGGGGCAAAGUCCCCGAACAUUCUUACGUUCACGCGUAUUAAACAAAAGCGACGUCGCUGCCGAAGGCAGUCGCGAACAGUCGCGCGCGGCGCGUACACGUGUGUAUGUAAACAAGACUCAAUCGCGAUGUUUUUUUGCUACUACGAUCCUUCGUCGCGCGCGUAGUGAACUAGUUAGUACGUAGAAGUCUGUGGUUGUCUCCCGUCGCGUCGAUCGCGAGUUCGCGUGUCGUAAAAGAAAAGAUCGCCGUCAAUCCAUUCGAAAAUCGCGGGCGGAAGAGAGCCAGCCAGAAACAAUUCGACAUCGAUCGACGAGCAAAUACAUUUCUCGCUGGGAAGACGUGUGUGAAAGUGACCUGAGUCUGUGAAAGUGAAAGAGUCCCGUGAGAGAGGAAUCCUGCAGAUUUCAAGAAUCCAGCGGGACAGUUUCGACCGAUAGACUUGUUAAUCCCUGGAAUUUAACCCAGGAAACAUAGAACAUUGCCGCGAUAUUGCAGCAACGUUACAGCGAUACUGCAAUUCCCGGUGUUACUUCCGCAAAGCGCGAUUUUAGUUAUUGCCUGCCUCUCCGCGAUAUUCGUAAUUGGCGGUACAUCGCGACUCGCGCGACGACGUGAAGUUGCCGGCGCGUCCCUCGCCGCGGCAACUUCAUUCCGAUCGACGUCCGCGGAGGCGAACAGUGCGCGCUACGCGAUGCGGUGUGUUUCGCGCGGUUUUCGCGUAUUUCUUCGUCCCGCGUGCACCGCGCACGCACAGAGAAACACGGGAGAGUCGUCCAAAGUGUCGGGAGGGUCGCGUGAAUUACGGCGUCGCGUAUAAAUGGCGCGAUCGCGAUCGCGCGGGCGAGCGGCACAGUCGGCGGGUGAAUCGACAACGUAUCGUCUUCGGUUCGUACGCUCGUUUGUUCGCGUUUACAGAGAUUCGUGGCGUUGUUUUUUUUCGAUGCGUUCCAUUCCCGCGAAACGGGAUAGUUGCUUCUUUGCGAUGUCCGAAUCCGCGGUCUGUAUAUUGCGACUCGCGCGUCGGCGUGAAGUUGCCGGCGCGUCCCUCGCCGCGAGACGCGCGGCAACUUCGCUCCGAUCGACGUCCGCGGAGGCGAACAGUGCGCGCUACGCGAUGCGGUGUGUUUCGCGCGGAUUUCGCGUAUUUCUUCGUCCCGCGUGCACCGCGCACGCACAGAGAAACACGGGAGAGUCGUCCAAAGUGUCGGGAGCGUCGCGUGAAUUACGGCGUCGCGUAUAAAUGGCGGGGGCGAGCGAAACAGUCGGCGGGUGAAUCGACAACGUAUCGUCUUCGGUUCGUACGCUCGUUUGUUCGCGUUUACAGAGACUCGUGGCGUUGUUUUUUUCUCUUUUCGAUGCGUUUCAUUCCCGCGGAGCGUGAUAGUUGCUUCUUUGCGAUGUCCGAAUCCGCGGUCUGUAUAUUGCGACUCGCGCGUCGGCGUGAAGUUGCCGGCGCGUCCCUCGCCGCGAGACGCGCGACAACUUCGCUCCGAUCGACGUCCGCGAGCGUGAACACACCGCGAUGCGGCGGGUUUCGCGUAUUUCUUCGUCCCGCGUGCACCGCGCACGCAGUGAGAGACACGGGAGUGCCGUGUGAAUUACCGCGCCGCGUUUAAUUAGCGCGAUCGUGUUCGCGCCAACGGGGUGUCCGGAGCAGCGGAGCAGCAGUCGGCGCAUGGACAAUGGCGGCAUAUCAUCGCCGAACUCUCAACGAUCGAAAUAUAAUCCCUUAUGAGAUCAGCAACAACGAAAGUUACAUGAACAACGAAACUCUGCUUUACAACGUGUCAUUGAGUGAAGAUUAUAUCUUCGACAGGACCGACGUGAAAGUAAUUUUCAUCACUUUAUACACCAUCGUAUUCGUCUGCUGUUUCUUCGGCAACCUGAUGGUGAUUUUCGUGGUGACGUUCUCCCGCCGAUUGCGCAGCAUCACAAAUUUCUUCCUGGCGAAUCUGGCGGUGGCGGACUUUUGCGUCGGCAUAUUCUGCGUCUACCAGACACUCACCAACUACUUGAUGAACAGCUGGCAGCUGGGCGACUUCCUCUGCAAGGUGUACAUGUUCGUGCACGCGCUCUCGUACACCGCCAGCAUACUAAUCCUCGUGGUAGUGUGCACCGAACGUUAUCUGGCCAUCGUUCACCCUAUCAAGUGCCGAUCCAUGCUGACCAGGAGACGCCUCAGAAUGGUGAUAGGUGUGGUAUGGAUUCUGGCGGCCGUGUACGCCUCGCCCAGAUUUUUCUACGUUGAGACCAUCAGCAAUCGUCUCAACAACGGCGACGUCGACAUCAUCUGCAUAGCGAAUAUCAAGAAGCACAACAAAAACGUUCUGGACGUCGUGAAUCUCGUCUUCCUCUACCUCAUACCGCUCUUCCUCAUGUGCUGUCUCUACACCAGGAUCGCCAUAGGUCUCUGGAGGAGCAGCGCGACCCUCGGAGGACCCGGUCUGGUCGCCAAGAGCAAAAAUGGUAGAGUACAUCAUGUGCACACGUCCAGCAGAAACGUACUGAAGGCGCGACGCGGUGUUAUCAGAAUGUUAAUCGCAGUAGUGAUGAUGUUCGCCGUGUGCAACCUGCCUCAGCAGGCGCGUAUUCUCUGGCGGCACUGGGGUCCGAACUACGAUAACACAUCGGACUUCAGUACUCUGCUGACCGUGUCGACUUUCCUCAUCUCGUACAUGAACUCCUGCCUGAACCCACUGCUGUACGCCUUCCUGUCGCGCAACUUUCGCAAGGGUAUGGGCGAGCUGCUGCACUGUAGGGGCGCGAGGAACGACGGCGGCGCCUUGGCGAUGGUGUGCGCCAGCGGCGACCACAACCGCCACGAGAACGGCGUCAGCACGCAUCUGCCUCAGAGCUCGGUCGUCCGAUUCAACUCCGUUCACAACAGUAUGUCCACCACCCGGCAGACCAUCACUCGGCAGAGCACUUACGGCAGGAGAACUUGAAUCAACUACCGCCGUUGACGCGACGGGAGGUAGAUCGCGAAGCGAUUCUUUACAGGGUAUUCCAGGACGCUGGCUGGCAGAAUCCUUCUCAGGGAGGUGCGCGAGCGCCUGCGGAAUCUUUUUCUAUCUUGACUCGCAGUUUAUUUUAGCGAAUAUGUGAACGAGGCGUUGCGUUGCUACGCGGCAUCCCACGUGUCCUGAGACUGUGACUUCGAAUUAGCCGAUUCAGUUCGCAGUCAUUAGAGAGAGGGACGAGGUUUGGAGCGGUCUGUAUAGGUCAAACGAAAUGAAACGUUUCAUGGCGACGAGCCACCCCCUUUUCAGCUCGGAAGGCUCUAUCGGGAAGCUUAUUUUCAGAGUACCCCGAAUUCGAUAUCAAAAUAAUUUUCAGAAUCUUGGUUACGGAAAAUGGACUUCUUACAAAAUUUAGAUCCGACACACUUUGAAAAUUAGCUCUUUGAUUCUUUUAAAUCGCAAACCGUAUUGUCUCAAAGGGCGUAGAACUCGCAGCUCAAUUUCAUAUGCGUGACGUUAUAAUUUUGCAAUCUCAAACUAUGCCGACCACGCAUAUUGUGCAAUCGCAGGAAUCGCCGCGUUUCGGGAACAACGUGCAUUGUUAGUGAUAGUUCCUGUUGCAUAAAAAAAAGAGAAAGAGGGAAAGAGAGAGAGAGAGAGAGAGGAAUAGAGAGCGAGCAAGUUUUGGUCGCGGUUAAACGGUGUCAGUGGCAUGCAACUUUGUCGAGGUGUGUGCAACGCGUGUGUGUACGACGAAGUUGAGUACGGCGAGCUUAAUCGGAGCUUAUUCAGAGCAUAUUACGUACUCCCAUUUCCACUCCCAUUCUUUGUCCCCAGGCGCAUAAACAAUACAGAAUACUGAAACUAUUGUGGGUUCCGUACUCGGUUUAACGCAAGAAGAAACUACAUUAUACAAGUCACGGCCGAGAUCUGUAUUUAUGAUUGCGUCGCAUAUUGAAUUGUCCGAACUUAAAUAUCGUACAACUUUUGAUAAAAUAUACAUUUUCUUUGCGCCUCUCAUUUAUUGCACACGAGUGUCACGCCGGUAUAUAAUGUUUUUUGCAAAAUAAUCCAUACUUAAACUGUGUGGAAAUGUCUUUCAGUUUUCAAAUGAAAAAUCUCGCAACUCUUACCCAUCACAAAAUUACUUCUCCAAGAGCUUGCUUGAAUUACGCGCAUCAUUUAACAAAUUGUCAACCGUACUUACCGAGCGCGAUUCGUACUUAUCGAAAAUGCUUGGAAAGAGAACGUUCGGUCUUGAAAUUUUUGGAGCCCGAUAUCUCUGGAACGUUAAAUAGGUACACUCUGAGACUGACAUAUCUGCGAUUAUCUUGACGAGACCUUUCAUUUCGUACCUACUUUUGGGGUCGAUCUUGUUUUCACUCUUUAAAUUUGAGAAAAAUAAUAACAUUUUAACUUCUUAAUUAUUAUUAAUUCUAAGAUUGGCGAGUAUAAAUUGUGAUAAUCGGCUUGAAGUCUUAUUUAUAAAUAAUAAGACAAAGUCUAAAGCACUCAUCAGCUAUUACUCUCUUUAACAGAGUUUAAUGUCAAUUGUUGAAGUAAUCAUUAAAUAAUUAGCUACAUUGUAAAUCUUUAGUGACUUUUGUCCGUAAUGAGAAAAUAUCCGGUGAUUCUGAGACAUUCUGCGUAGAAUUCAAUCUCGUUCUAUUAGGAGUCUAUAUUAUGUGGCAAGUCAAUUCGUGAAAUAUCGCGUACACGCGAAGUGCUCAACCACGACUUCGUAAGUGGCAAAAGUCCGGAACGGUUUCGAAAGUAAAAUACUUUUAGAAGUAUAAGCACUGCUUCGACGAAGCGCCAGGUAAUUUGCUCGAGAAGAAAAGUUCCUCUUCGACUGAGUAUAUAUAUAUUCUUAUCCCAACACGUUCUCAACUGUGCCCUUUCAAAGAUAAAUCUACAUUCCCCAUGAGUAAGCGUCUCCCUGCCUUUCUGUAUCGUCCUCGCGAUUGUCACAUUCCUCGAACGUGUUGUUAACACGUGUUUUCCGUGAUACACUAUAUAAAAUUCAUGGGAAAAUUUUAUUGUACGUGUAUAUGUUCCCUUUAUUCGCACCAAGCCAAAGUUCUGACUCCAAGUAAAAUAAUAACGAUUUAAGUAAAUAAUAAGGGCAAGGUGCUGCAAGUAAUUAUAGUGAAUGAAAUAUUUUAUAGGUCAAAGAACGUUUUUUUUCUUCAAAGUUAAUUGCAUUUUAGGAUGUACUAAUAAGAUUUUUCUUCAAUUAAGCUUUAUAUGAAGAUAAAUUGCUUUUUUUCUUAUUGUACAUACUACCUCAUUUACGACGUACGAAGGGGUGAUUGAAAACGGAAACGCAUUAGGUCCAGCGAGAGAAUGAUAAAAAAAAAACCGCGACGCAUACGUUUCACGCUAUUUUCAUCGGGAAGGGUUCGCUGUUGUUUUGCGAGAUAACAUGGGUUUUGCAUUAAUGUGGAGAUGCUACGGGUGUUUAGCAGUGAUACAAGAAAUUUUUGGAUCAGCCUGAAAAUGUCGACGCGAGAUAGCGGACGAGGUGCAAAGUGUCUCAGAGUUACCUCUUUCCAUUUUAAACGUUUGCUGCAUAAUUAAUUUGAUAAAAUUUUUCAAAUGUAAAGAAAUUUGUGUAACAUUGAUGAAAAUAAUAACUGAAAAUAAUAAGAUGAUAGCUUUAACUACGAAAGUACCGUAAAUGAACAGUAAGAUAUUGCACGGUUUAGUUUUACUUUAACAGUAAAUAAAUUUUUUAAAUUUACUAGUCGAAAUUAUUAAUGUUACAAUAGACAUAAACAAGUUGAAAUGCGUGUUGAUUUAAUUUUAAUUUAAUUGACUUUUAAAAAAGACUCAAAUUUUAAUUGAAUUUUAAUUG